UAUUUGUUGUUGUUGUAUUGCAGUAAGUAACAGCGAACGAAGAAGAAGAAGAAGAAGAAGAAGAAGAAGAAAAACGCAGAAGCCACGAUGAGUGGCAGAGCCAUGAUCUCCUGUUUCUCUCCUCCUUCAACAACUCCAUGCUCUGCCCCCAUUCCACUCUGGCGCCGAAACCACCUCCUCCAUGCAACUCCUCCACCUUCGCUACACCUCCUCUCGCGGCGGAGCCACCUCGUUGCCGGCGGAAGGAGGGUGUGGGUGAAUGUGAAGUCCGAGAAGAACUUAUCCGAGUCCCCCAAGUACGAGGAUGAUGUCGUGGUUCAGAAGAAGAAGAAGCGUGGUUUGGAUAACGUGGAAGAGGAAGCGAGGUGGUGGCAAGUGUUUCCCAAAAGAUGGGUCAUUGUGGUUCUCUGCUUCUCAGCUUUUCUUCUAUGUAACAUGGAUAGGGUAAAUAUGAGCAUUGCUAUACUUCCUAUGUCUGCAGAGUACAACUGGAACCCGAGCACUGUGGGUUUGAUACAGUCUUCUUUCUUUUGGGGAUACCUCCUCACUCAGAUUGCUGGUGGAAUAUGGGCUGACACUGUGGGAGGAAAACAGGUAUUGGGAUUUGGCGUGGUUUGGUGGUCUGUUGCGACGGCCCUCACUCCUAUAGCUGCCAAACUUGGAUUGCCUUUCCUACUAGUUGCUCGUGCAUUCAUGGGGAUUGGUGAGGGUGUUGCUAUGCCAGCCAUGAAUAAUAUUCUGUCAAAAUGGGUUCCUGUGUCAGAGAGAAGUAGAUCACUAGCGCUGGUCUACAGUGGCAUGUAUCUUGGAUCAGUCACUGGACUGGCCUUUUCUCCCUUCCUAAUUCAUCAGUUUGGAUGGCCAUCAGUAUUUUACUCCUUUGGUUCUCUAGGGACAGUCUGGUGUUCUGUGUGGCUUAGUAAGGCACAUAGUUCACCUCUUGAAGAUCCUGAACUGCGGCCUGAAGAAAAGAAGCUCAUUACUGCCAACUGUUCCUCCAAGGAACCUGUGAAAACAAUACCUUGGCGAUUAAUUUUGUCAAAGCCACCAGUCUGGGCUCUGAUAGUGUCCCAUUUUUGCCACAACUGGGGAACUUUCAUUCUACUUACAUGGAUGCCAACAUACUAUAACCAAGUCUUGAAGUUUAAUCUUACAGAAUCUGGGCUAUUUUGUGUUUUACCGUGGUUUAUAAUGGCUAUUUCUGCAAAUGUUGGUGGUUGGAUUGCAGACACUCUAGUGAGCAAGGGUCUAUCAGUUACAAGGGUCCGCAAGAUAAUGCAAACAAUUGGAUUUCUCGGGCCAGCUUUCUUCUUAACUCAAUUGAGCCACGUUAAUUCUCCUGUGAUGGCUGUUUUGUGUAUGACAUGCAGUCAGGGAACUGAUGCUUUCUCUCAGUCCGGAUUGUAUUCAAACCAUCAAGAUAUCGCCCCUCGAUAUUCUGGCGUAUUGCUUGGUUUAUCUAAUACCGCUGGAGUAUUGGCUGGUGUCUUUGGAACAGCAGCAACAGGUUACAUUCUGCAGCAUGGCUCCUGGGAUGAUGUUUUCAAGGUUUCAGUUGGGUUGUAUUUGGUUGGAACUGUGGUAUUUAAUCUUUUUUCAACUGGUGAAAAAAUCUUGGAAUAACUUACUCUCAUUGAUCAUUGGUACUUGUCAUGCCACAUGUAUAGAUAAGUCUGGAGUACUUUCCCCAGAAGAAGCACUACGAGAAGAAUAGGAGUUUUAAUUAAGAAGCAACUCAUUUUACUUAAGGCUUUUGUGCCUCACAGAAUGGUAAAUUUUGUGGAUAGAGGAGCAUUGGAGCAUAUAGAUCAGAGGGAUGACAAUGUGUCCUUGAAAGAGGAAUUGGCAUAAUUUAGUCCCUGAUGUUUUUAUCAAGGGAAAAGGUUUAGAAGAUUCUACUCUGAAGCUUCUGUUUUUUUUCCCAUUUUUGGUGGGAAGAUCAUAGUGAUUGCUUAACUUAAAAUCAUACUUGUAAAUAUAAUUUUCAUACCAACACAUCAAUUUUGUAACAAUUCAUCAAGAAAAGUGAUUUAUGUGGUAUUAUUCAUCAAGCUUCUUUUC